UCAUUCUGACCUAUUGGGAUGGACCAAUCCGCUUGGAGAGUUAGAUUUCAUCUAGAACCCCCGUGGCCGAUUGCGCAGUUAGAAAUUCACUGGGAGCUCGAGCAGGGUGCCGAAAAAGAGAGGACCAUUGUGAACCUCUUUCACCAUGGGCAAGCUGACGGUCGAGGCUACAGGAAAGACAAGCCCAGUGGACCCGCCUCCCUAUCCCUUGGAGCCUCUCCCAACUAAGCCUGGUCUCCAGACUAACAUCGUGGUACCAGAGGAGGUGCCUGGUCAUCCAUCGGCUCGCCCCAGACGGUGCCCGAAGAAGUGCGGGACCAUCGCCCUGGUUACCGUCUGUGUGGUGCUGGUGGUGGCGCUGGUCAUCCUCGGGGUCAAGCUGGCCAAGAAACAUAAGAUGGCCGGAAAACAUGGUUGCAGAGACCGUGGAGAGAAAGGACACAUGGGGGAUGACGACUGCGAAGAGAUGGAAGACAUGGAUGAGACGGGCGACGAGGGACCGCAGUCCGAUGAGCAAGACGGAGAUCGCGUCAAUAGUCGCUGGUGUGUACAUCUACCUACCUGUACAGGGGGAUGAUGACUGUGAAGAGAUGGAGGACAUGGAUGAGAUGGGCGACGAGGGACCGCAGUCCGAUGAGCAAGACGGAGAUCGCGUCAACAAACGCUGGUGUGUAGACCUAGCUGUUUGCCCUUGAAUAGUUACCUAAAUGAAAAUAGAUGUAUUGUUUUUUUAUGUGUCUCCGUGUGUGUUUGUCUUUUCGGAUACUUGUGGUCAGCAUAACUUAACAACAUUUGGCUGUAUUGUAAUGAUAAUUAGCAUGUGGGAAGGUAUGAGGAAGAUAAAUGUUUAGGUUAAUUAUGAGCCUCCUGGCGGUUUUCCUGAAUGCAUCAGCAGAACUUCCGGUUUUGUAUUGUUCGUCCAGGACAUCCUAUGGUUUUGAUUUUUCGGUAGCAGACAACUUUUAAUGUCCAGUUGACAUUGCUGUAAAAAGCUCAGAAGAGUUGUUGUGUGAAUAGAAAACUGAUUUUUUUUAUUUCUUCGUUCAAUGUAAGAGUCAAAACAAGGAUGUAAACAUUUAUAUGGUAAC